UAGUGGCGAGUACAGUCUGUUGUUAACCUCGUGAGAGUUGUGUUACAGUUGUUGAAUUGUUUACUCCAUAUAUCCUGUCCAAAGUGAUAAAAAGUGUCCUCCAAUGCCAUAACUAUACCAUGAAGCGAAUCAAAUUCCAUCAGCCUGAUUUGAAGACUUAAAAGUCUUAAAGAAGUCAUAAACAGAGAAAAGUAUUGCCUUGUCCCUUUAAACCAUACUGAUAACAUAGUAAGCAGUAGGAGAUUGUCUGAUAAAACUCCCAGGGGAUUGCUUUAUCAUCAGUAUACCCACUCAAAUCUUCAAGUCAACACAGCUGCAAUAGUAAACAGACCAGAUUAGAGAUGUCGGGUACAACGGAGCCUGUAGCUGAGGCCCAGCCCGCUUCUGAGGUGGGAAGUGAACCAUCUUCUCCCUCCAGCACUGCCACUAGUACCACAUCCUCCACUCCAUCUACAGCCCCAAAACAACAACUACAGCCUGUCAGGAGACAGGUGAAAAAGAAAGACAAGAAUGAUCCAACAAGAUUCCAAGGUGAAGGUGUGAACUUCAAUGCCAAGUUGAUAGGUGUGGAUGAUGUACCUGAUGCCAGGGGUGACAGGAUGUGUCAGGAGACAAUCUACAGACUCAAACUCUCCGUGAAGGCGUCUGGGCAACACAAACAAAGAAUCAUCGUCAAUGUGUCUGAGGAGGGCAUCAAACUCAUUGACCUCAAGACUGAUGUGGUGAACUACACACAUGCUGUCCACAAGAUUUCCUUUAUAUCCAGGGAUGUCACAGAUAGUCGUGCCUUUGGUUACAUCUUCGGGGUAGGAGAUGGAACACAUAAAUUCUUCGGGAUCAAGACAGAGAAAGCAGCCGAGGCUCUGGUGCUGACUCUGAGGGACUUGUUCCAAGUUGUCUAUGAAAAGAAGAAAAAGGAAAUGGAAGAGGCCAAACAGAAGGCUGAAGAUGAGGUACAGACUCAGAUUGACACUAAACCAGCUGCGAACCCAAACGUUAUCACACUUGGAGGAGAGCUAGCCACAGAAUCUUCGACGGACGAUGAACCAGUAUACCAGGUGCCAACCAACGGAGCACCCAUAGAGGAUAGCCCUGAACACAUUUACGCCGUGCCAUCCAACAAUGGUGAGGUCAAGGUUGAGAAGGCUGGAAACAACCUAGUGGAUCUUGAGAAUGAGUUGGAAACAAUUGAGCAGGGUAUAGAGCAGAUGAACAAAUUUGAGACAGACUUUGAUGCCCUGGCAGCAGGAACUCCCUCAGCUGUCUCGCCAGCAGUGAGCACAGGCAGUGAUCCCUGGGGGGCUGGUUCUGCCCCUCAAGCUGAUCAAAAGUCUGCUGAUAAUUCCUUGUUUGAGAGUGACUUUGGAUCGACCACGAACGGGGCAGCCCAGAGUGGUCAGUCAGAUCUUCAGGACAUUGACCUGUUUGGAACACAGCCAGUCAUUAAAGGCAAGGAUGACAUUAUGAACCUUUUUGGACCUUCAAACCCACAGAUGGCUGGAGGGUUUCCUCCCACAAACCCACAAAUGGCUGGAGGAUUUCCUGUCCAGAACCUAUCGAUGCCUGGAGGAUUUGGACCUUCAGUGUCACCAGCACCAUCAGUAUCACCAGUCCCACCAGCGUUUGGGGCUCCCGCAGGUUUCCAACCUGCGCCAUUUCCUGCAGCACCUAUGGCUGCAGGUGUGCCUCAACCAGGCAUGCCAAACCCAUUCGGAGCUCCAGCUACAUUCGGAGCGCCUCAGUUCUCAGCUCCACCCCCAGUUCCUCAGAGACCAUCUGCUGCCCCUGCUCCUGCCAUGAACCCAUUCGGAGAGGACCCGUUUGCGCCGGCAGCACCUACAGGAGGGUUUGCCAACUUCCCUAAUGGAAACUCUGGAGGUGGGGCUUUGUUUGAUGAGCCCCUGCUUGCCCCUGUCAAGUUAACCGUGGAGGAGGCACCUCCAGUGGAGACCAAAUCUGGUACAGGCGAUGCCUUCAGUGACCUCUGUGAAUUAGGGACCAAAGAUAAAACUGCUGUCAGUCCGAAAGGAUUGUUUGCCGAGUUGAAUACACAGUCAAAGAAAUCUAUCAACCAGAUAAGAACUGAACAAGUGCCAAAAGGGCCGCAGUUUGAAGAUACAAAUCUGUUUGAUGACUUCUUUGAUAAUCAACAGUGUAGUGAAGAGCCAAUCUAUGCAGUAGUGAACAAGCCGAGGUCCUGAGGAGGGAUGGACAUGUAACCUGUUGGACUAGGGGGCUAACCAGUUGGACAGAUGUUGUCUCCCUUCAUCACAAACAUAUUUUACAAUGACUGAUGGACAUUGUCCUUCAAUGUAUAUCUUCCCCAUAUUGUGAUACAUUGUACCUUCAUCAUUUUCUAUUUUAAAAUUUCAUGAUAAAAUUCACAGAAUUGCUGUGAAUCAAACUGAAAAUCAAAAAAAGGAUGAUUAAUAUCAGGCUGGACUAAUGCUAUCAGUAUCAACGCCAUGUUUUAAAAUUUAGAUUUCCUACAUCAUAUCAUUAAUAAAAAUGCAUGUAAGAGUUUUAUUUUACUUUUUAAAACUAUCUAAAUGGAGUGUGUUAAGCUGUAGAUCAGAAGUGACAUACAAGUGAUUCAGGUGCGAGAUGAUGCAGAACUAUUUUGUUCAAGUUUGUUGAGAUAUGAGAAAAUACUAGUUUGUACCAGGGUGUGAAGGUGCAACAUUAUAUAGAAUUAUUUUGUACCUGGCUGCUGAAAGGUAAGAUGAUACAAAAACUGUUUUGUGUCAGGUUGUUGAAAGGUGAGAUGAUAUAAAUCAUAAAACUGUUUUGUACCAGGUUGUUGAAAGGUGAGAUGAUAUAAAACUAUUUUGUACCUGGUUGUUGAAGGUGAGAUGAUACAAAAAUUGUUUUGUACCAGAAUGUUGAAGGUGAGAUGAUACAAAACUAUUUUGUAUCUUGUUGUUGAAAGGUGAGGUGAUACAAAACUAUUUUGUACCUGGUUGUUGAAAGGUGAGGUGAUACAAAACUAUUUUGAGAUGAUACAAUAUUUGUAUCGAGUAACUGAACAGCGAAACGGUAGAGAACUUUUUUGUAAGAGACAGUUGAGGUGUCGGAUGAUAGAGGAAUGAGAUUUUAGAAAAUUACAUCUGUAUUUUCUAUCAGGUUGUUUCGGGUGACUAUAAGAAGAUACAAAACUACAUUGUAUCAGAUUAUCAUUGUUUUGUGAUACCAUUUUGUCUAGGAGCAAAUUUAAUUUACAACAUUCAACAUGAUUACUACACUGAGCUGUUUGCUAUUUGCUUAUUUUCCAACGUUUUAUUACUGCCAAUUUACACUUCACAGAAAUUUCAGAGAGUUUUUUUGAAAAAAAAUAUGUUGUAUGCAUAAUUUUUUAUUAGAAAUGACAGUUGUUUUCACACUGGCUAGAAUCCGUAUGUGCCUAUUAAUGUUAGUUAAAAUGUGAUAUUGUCCUACUAACCUUGUUGUAUGUGGAAAAAGUAAGAGGUGUUCUUCAUGGCCAGUGAAUAAACAGGUAGAAAAGAAACCUUGUGAUGAAAAUUUAUAGAGUGGCAUUAUGAUGGAAUGUUAACAGAACAGGUUGUAUGGCUACCACAGUAUUGUAAAAUGUAUCGAGGGGAGGGGGGCAAAUUGUGUUGUUUUUAUAUGACGAGAUGAAGCCAUCAGGGUUGGGAUUGCAGAAGACGGUUAGGAAUUUGUAUACAUUUUGAUGCCUGUGAUGUUGUCAAUUGGUGCUACAAGAUAUUUCAUUUCUGAUAUUGUUAUAGAUGAGACAGGAAAUCGGGCAUAUUUUGAUAUGUAAUACAAUUUGUAAUGGUCACACAUACACAUGUAUUAUGAUUGGUAAGAUACAAUGUGAUAGGUAAGACACUUUGGGAUGGGUAGAAGACAAAUUGAGAUGGGGUAAAGACACUUUGUGAUGGGUAGAAGACAAAUUGAGAUGGGGUAGAUACUUUUAUAUCACAUUAGGAUGGGUAAGACUCAAAUUAUGUUAGGUAAGACAUAUUGUGAUAGGUAAGACACUUUUGUAACGAGUAAGACACAUUUGUUGGGUAAGACACUAAUGGUUAAGACACAUUAUCAUGGUAGCAUGUUUUGUCAAAUCACGAUGAUUCACCAUUUGUUAUGUUUGUUCUGCGUGUUCUGUACAUUAUGGUAGGUAAGACACUUUGUAAUUGGGUAAGAUACAUGAACUAAGACACAUCAUGACUAAGACACAUAGACAUAGGUAAGAUAUAAUGGUUAAGACACCAUGUGAUGGGUACGAGAUUAAAAUAGCUAAGACACUUUGUGGCCGUUGUAUAAUAUUACACCAAUGCUGUUUUUAAUUUGGACCAUACGCGUUAUGAUACGUACUCAUCACCUUGUACACCAUACACGUUAUGAUACGUUACUCAUCGCCUUGUAGACCCUGCCUUGGUAUAUAUACAUAAAGUAUCAUUCUGAUUCAAACCGAACCCUUCUCUUCAUUCCUGUGUAACUCCCUAAUGUAUAUCUGGUGCCCUGGUGUAAAUACUGGGGUACUGAUAUACACUUGUUUGCCAUUGAUUUUGUUGGCAUCACACUGGCACUGAUUGGCUUGUGUUAAUUCUAUCCAAACUCUAAAUCUUAUAUUACUACAUAAUGUAUUAAUAUAUUACUAAACCUGAAAAUGAGAAGAAAUGAUUUAUCAGGAGCUGCUGGUUGGUGACUCUCUUUUCUAUCAGAUGUUGUUAAGAAUUCUAUAGAUGCCUAACUAUUUUACCUAAUAAAUGUCAUAAUUGAUCAUAAAAUUGUCUUCCAGGUUUAUUCCAAUGUUUACUUGAGGUUUAAUAAUGAAAUGUAGCUUGUUUUAAAAUAAGUAAACAGGCUGCGGAUACAAUAACAUAUAUCUGUUGUUGACCCUUCAUAGACUGUUACAGUACAUUGAUGGUCAGAGUCUACAUUAUUGUGUAAUGUAGAAAAAUGAAAUUAAAAGAUUUGAUUUUAACCAGAAUAUGUUAUAAGCUGCCCUCACAGGACAGUACUGAUACAGAGGCUGAAACUUUAUGACUCUUAACUACUCCUGCCCCAACAGUUAGAAACUAUUUGGAUUUUUUUUUUUUUUUUUUUCAAGAGUCUGUUAAAUAUACUUCGGUUGUCUGGACCUGUAGAUGAAGGCGUGAGUGUGUGCUUGGUCCCAUGCCCGUCAAAUAUCAAGGGGAGGUAAUUCUGAUUGAUUGAAAUAUGUCUGUUGAAAGAGGUCUAAGGAAAUGUGCCGAACAGUCGUAUAGUGCAUCAUUAAAGUACAUUAGCCUUUUCUCUGCUUGUUUUAGGAUGAACUUGCUACAAUUGAAUAUCUUACUACAAUAACAUUUUCAUUAUAGCCAGUCUUUUUAUAGAAAAAAACAACUGUUCAUCACUGAAUGCUCACAAGAAAAUGUUGCCUUCACUUUUACUUAAAUACUUUUUACUAUCACAAUGCUGUAUAGUUCCUUUAUAUUCUGUCCUUGAUGAUAAAUUAGCGCAGUGUUUAAUCUAUGCAUUCUGUGUGGUAUAUUUAUGUCAGUCUUCUAUAUGCUUAACCUUCCUGUUAGGAUCACCCUUGUGCUUACAAUUUUAUCAUUGUUAAAUGUUAUUUUUAUUGAAUGAAAAUUGUUUUGUAUAAUUAUUUUUAUUAGUUAAUUACUUUUAAUUAUAUUAAUUCAUAUGCACAUCUUAUAUACAAAUUAUAUAUAUAUAUAUAUAUUAUAAUUCAAAGAUGAUCCCUUUCACAUGCAUUUUGUAAGCAACUCUUUAAAUUAUAUUAUUUAUCUCUAUAUUCAUGUGGUAUUAUCCUUCAGUUAUAAUCUACAUUCAUUACAAGCAAAUGCAGCCUCGAUUGUUGUCAGAUUUUGUUGGAGAGUCUUACAAAAAUAUUCCCAAGGAAUUGAUUUAAUAUUGUAAAUAUCAUACUUAUAUUGUGCAUAGCAUCUGCUUGAUUUCUUUUUUUAUUCCCUCAUCAUACGAAACCAGGGGAGAUAACUCGGUCCUGAAGUAGAUAUUACUGGUGCCACAUGAAACCACUAUGAAAAACACCUGGUGUCAACAGUAAUCUGAACAGUAUUGUCGGUAUUACAACACAUACUUGUUUUUACCAAAAGACAUAUAAUUUCAAAAAGUGCAAUAAAAUCACAAAAUAAAAUAUAACAUUAUGAAA